ACGAGAUUUGCCAGAAAGCGCUGCAGCUGCUGGCCGAGCUGUGCUCCGUCGGCGUGGUGGAGAACGAGAACUGCCGCGAUUUCAUCUACUACCUGCGGGACAGAGCCCGGCCCCGCCUCACCGACUCAGGACCAGGACAAGAAGUGGAAAUUGGUGGGUGCCUUAUCUACCUAUGGAUGUUGGAUGAUAAAGAAAAAAGUACUAAGUGUUCAAAAAACUUAUCCUAAAAUCAUACGGCUGAAUUAGCUGAAAAAUUAGCAAACCCCAUCAUCAGCAUUCCUGUUAGCAAGAUCUCUCCUGAGAAGAAACCACCAUUCCUACUAUUUUUUUUUCUGGGCAAGAAUAAAAAAUGUAGAGACUAGAAAAUGAAAAAACAGCAGCUAGAAGAUUAUCAUCAGUUUAUACCAUUAUGCUACUUGAUUUUUUUCCCCCCUUAGAAAUAGCAGAAGUCUUGGAGUUCUUCAAAAAACCAAGGAAUUCCUCAGAUCUACGAGUGAGCCAUCAGUGCAAUUCUUUGGGGAGGAGAAAAGAUACAAAAGCUGUGGCUCUGUGUUUCCACACAUUGUGUAGGGUUUUUCUUCUUCUUUUUGUUUUUUUAGUAUCCUGCUGCUGUGGUGUUAUGGUUUCUGAGAACAAAGGGCUGCUGCCAACAUUUUCUUCUUUACGCACUCUUUGUAAGUCCGCACACAUGCACAAUUCAUAAUUGAAAGGGAGUUAUGGAGAGCAGUUGUUCUCCUGCUGCGCAUCUGGAGCCCCCUUGGAAUAGGCCUGAAGAAGAUCAGCCAUGAGUUAAGAGGAGACUGCUGCAAAGUUGACAGCCCCUUGGCGACAUCCACUUUGUUUAUGUACACCCCCAUGGAGAGGCUGGGGUAUAGCGUGGUGGGCUGAUCAGGUCCAGCUGGUCACUGGAGAAAGUGAUUACAAUUGAACUAGCCCUUCACAAAAGCUAUGCUGUAUACCACAAUUAUAAUUUCUCUCCCUGAUAUCUCAAUAAGCUUGCUCUCCUUAGUUGUCACAGCCUGUGGUCUUGCUCUGUUUGGUGUCUCUUUGUUCGUGUCCUGGAAGCUUUGCUGGAUCCCUUGGCGAGAGCGUGGGCUGCCAUUUGGGAACAAAGACAACAAACAAGAAUCACUGAACUACACAGAUACAGAGACCAAUGACCAUGAGUACAGUGAGGAUUAUCUGGGUCAGCCUACAGCAUAUCCAGAGUCCUCCAUGAAGAUUAGCCACACUUCCCCUGAUAUUCCACUGGAUGCUCAGGCGGGAACAAAAGAGAACUGUGUGCACAAUGUGCGAAUGCACCGUCAGAUCACAGAACCAACCUCUUCUGCUCGGCAUAAUUCAAUCCGAAGACAGCUCAACCUCUCCAACCCUGACUUCAACAUCCAACAGGUUCAGAAACAGGAGCAACUGACAGGGAUUGGCCGCAUUAAGCCAGAGCUGUAUAAACAAAGAUCAGUGGACACAGAUGAUGGCCGGAGGAAUAAUAGCAAGGCAUGUGGAAAACUGAACUUUAUUCUGAAAUAUGAUUGUGAUUUAGAGCAGCUGAUAGUGAAGAUCCACAAGGCUAUCAACCUGCCAGCGAAGGACUUCUCUGGAACUUCAGAUCCGUAUGUGAAGAUAUAUCUGCUUCCCGAUAGGAAAACAAAACACCAGACUAAAGUGCACAGAAAGACCCUAAAUCCAGUAUUUGAUGAAGUUUUUUUAUUUACUGUCCCAUACAAUGACCUGAACACACGGAAACUCCAUUUCUCUGUAUAUGACUUUGACAGAUUCUCCAGGCAUGACUUGAUUGGCCAAGUGAUAGUGGAUAAUUUUUUAGAUUUGGCAGAUUUUCCCAGGGAAUGUAAUAUUUGGAAGGAUAUUGAAUAUGUCACCAAUGAUAAUGUGGAUCUUGGUGACCUGAUGUUUUCACUCUGCUACCUUCCAACAGCUGGUAGACUAACUAUUACAAUAAUAAAAGCAAGAAACCUAAAGGCAAUGGAUAUCACAGGAGCAUCAGAUCCCUAUGUGAAGGUUUCUUUAAUGUGUGAAGGAAGGCGACUAAAGAAAAGGAAAACUUCCACCAAGAGGAAUACCCUUAAUCCUGUUUACAAUGAAGCCAUAGUCUUUGAUGUCCCUCCAGAAAAUAUUGACCAAAUUAACUUGUCAAUAGCUGUUAUGGAUUAUGACCGUGUAGGUCACAAUGAGGUCAUUGGAGUGUGUCAAGUAGGCAACGAUGCAGAAAGUCUAGGUCGCGACCACUGGAAUGAAAUGCUUUCGUACCCUCGGAAACCCAUUGCUCACUGGCAUCCUCUUGCAGAGGGCCCUAUUCAGCAGAAAUGUUAUGCAGGUCUUCUGCGCUUGGAUGGCUGCCGAAGAGGCUUCCUCACCCUUAUAACCUAUUCAGCAGAAAUCUGGCAUUCCUGUUGAACUCUUUCUUAGCCAUAUCCUCAGGGGCUAUUCCACAGAGUCCAGUGGGGUAAAGACGUCCUUUUAAUCCCUCUGUCUAACCCUUGCUCCCCUUCCCAAUACAGAGAAUGCUAACCCUGAUUCAUGCGACACAAAAAUUCAUGAAAUAUCUAACUAAAUUGCUUCCUAAGCGUUACCAUGAUUCACUUUUACUGUUACUAUCACUGGCUAAAGUCAGAUAGCAACCACACUCAGAAGAAACUACUAUAUUUAUGAACAGCCACAAUGUUACCCCUCUGCUGAAGGCUAGAGAAGACUGUCACACUAAGCCAGGAAUAAUGCAAUAAACACCUAAUAUACAGAAGCAAGUAGUUGGCAGCCUCUAUGAGUAUAUUGUAUGCACCAGAGUGCAGUCAUGUUACUAGAAUGCAAUUGAGGACUUUACUUGCUUUGUUGUAAACACUAGCUAUAGGUGGUGGUUCAAUAAAUGACAAGUAAUAAGAAGAUGCUACAAAAUGACAAAAAUACCACAGUGGUGCUGUGUCUCCGUAUACAAUUACAUUUACUGGUGCCUGGCAACCACAGCAGCGCAGUCUUCAGCACAGAGACCUUUGAGCGCUCACAAACUACUGCAGCUGGAGGGCACCAUGCCUUUUCAGAACAUGGGUGGUGCCAACACACAUGCACGCUGCCAAAGAAGCGUGUAGAAGACUACGGCACCAAGAACAGUUUCAGCAAAGCGGGGGGCUCUGUCCAUAUGCUCAUGUCCUCAAUGAGAAGCUAGCUACUGGCCGAAGUGCCACAUUUGAAAUGAGCAUUUGGCAGUUGGGCUUAGAAAACUCAUCACCUAGCUGUCAGCUGUAGCCAAGCAGUGAUAGCAGCCACUUGACAAAGCACAUGAGGAGUAUUGUAAUGGUUACUAUUUCCCAGAAUAUAAGAAAUGUCUCUUAGCAGAAGUUGGCUACAUCCUUAUAUCCAACCUGUUUCACCCCUUUAAUAAAUUUUAUUGCAGCCAGAGCCCACAAUUAAGUUUUCACAGCUCUUCCCUUUUACAGGCAUCCUGUUCUUUUCAUACAUGCCUGGCUAACCUCUUUAGAUGUCAUUACUGUGAAUCACUUUACAUGUCACAGAGCUAAAAAGAGACAUAUUUUUUUCCUUCCCAGGAAUCAAGUGGGGGAGGGUGUCCAGCGCAUCCAAGCUGUGCAGAGAAAUAUAUACACAGCAUAUCAUUUUGGUUCCUGAAUCAGGAUUAGACUCAGCGAGAGCUUCUGGAACCUCUGUGGCCACAGUCAUAGGACCUUGAAUAUUUGCUGAAUAGGACCCUCAGUAUUCUACUGUGUGAAGAGCUAUUGGUUUCAAAUAGUGCAAUGUUAUCCACUUGUAGCAUUAAUUCAUCAGCUGACUCUACUGCUAUCUAUAGAUUAUUUGUGUGGUCAUAAGCAUUGCCCAAAUUCAAGUCAUAAGUUCUGUUCAUUAAACUAACUGAGAUUUUGCAAGCAACACAAUAGCAAUGAAAACCAACAAGUAGCUGAAACAGCAACAAACCCAGCUCUUGUAUUUGCAAAAAAGAUUCAGUAUUGUAAUGGAUAGCUUGGUAAAACGAUUUUUUCAAGAAUGAUUGUCAUCAGACAUUUGUUUUUGAUGAUGAGUUGUGUCCUCAGUCUCAGCUGGUGCCUCCUUUCAUCUUAUAUGAAAACAAAAUUAAUAUGGUUCCAUGUAGAAAUCCUUCAAAUCUGAAAAAGUGAAAAGCUAUAUUUUGUUGGGUGAGAACAAGAUACAUAUGGCAUUUAUAAUGACACUAUGUUCUUUUAGAAAGAAGAUAACCAUCUGCAUAACAUGGAGGCUGUUAGUCCUCAAUCCCUGUAGAUAAUUUUCCAGUCACAUUUCUUAGUUGUAUCCAUGAGACUGUAAAAAGCUAGAAGUAUAGCACAGGUAGCUAUGCUCCAUCAUACACAGAAGUGUGCACAGGCACAAACUGUCAUUUUAAAAUGCUGUUCCAAAUACAUGGUGCCUGUGAAGAUCUUAUUUAUCAUUUGUAGUAGAACUAAUAGGGCCGUCUUACGUGACAAUAUAUUGUAACUGUUGGCAAACUCUGGCUGUUAAACAAAAAUAUCAAAGCACUAAAUUCUUUCACAUGAAGAAAUCUAUGCCCUGGAACAAGAGUCACUGGAAUAAUUUUUUGAUCAUUAUUUAGCCGUGCAUGGAGUUAACUCUACCUUCAAACUUUUCCAGCAAGAAUUUGAUUCAAGUUUUUACAUUGGGAUCUUUAUUAAAUAAAUGCACAUGCAAAGUAUGUGUAUUUCAUACAAGCUGUUUUGCCUGAAAUAAACUUACAAGUAUGGAACCCUUGUCUUUAUACAUAGCUCACAUGAGUUUAUGCACACACACACAUUUCCUUCAUGUCAUUAUGAAUGCUCACCAAGCAUUUUGGAUUGACAAUUGAGCUGACACAAGUAUGCAUACACAGACUGGAGCAAUCACUCGAAAAUUUGAUCCAAAAUCUGAGAAAAAUUGGUUUUAUAAUCUAUCAGUUGAGGAUCUCCCAGAAAAUCAGAACUGCUAAUGGGUAAAGCACAGCUUGACCUUUACAGAGUCUUGGAUUGGCUGUAAAUGUGUACUGCAGCUAUGGAGCAUAGGUCCCAUAAACCUAAUGUUUUUCAAAAACCUCAAGCUAUGCAGCCAUAGCAUAUAGCACAUAUUGUGAAGCAUCCAGGAUUUCCAGACAUGGCAGCUGUCUGGAACAGUCUGAAAUUACCAUGCAUAAUAACACUUUGAAGCCUGCCCAAGCAAAAUUUCCAGAUAGAAAAUUGGGCAUGUCCAGAAAAAAAACCAAAAAUACAGAUAUAAACUGUAUAAAUAUAAAAUAUUUAUACAGUAAUAUUUAUAUACAAAUACAAAACUAUUUCACUGGACUUUCAACUGAAGCUGAUAGACUGCUUUGUAUCAGCAGGCCAAUGAUAUAGUACAGUGCUCAUAUCUGUUCAUGCAUGAACCUCACUUCAGGCAAAUCCUACACUCUUUACUCAGACACGAUUCCCAGGAGUCAAUGUGUGGAGAUGUGCAUAAGCAAAGAGGGCAGAUUUUCUCUUUUGGAGUGGAGUUCUUCGAUUCCCUGGACAAAUCAUGAUACACGCAUCCCUGCUUGGAAUGCAAAGGAGGCAGCUGCACGCUUUCCCACUGAAACUGCUAUUUCUAGGGCAAUGUUAUGAGUAUAGCUUCUGUAAAAAGGAGAACACCUAUACAGCAGCCUCACUUCCUCUCCAUAGAUGAGCAUAGAAGCCUUUCUAAGGUUCAUCCCUAGCAACUCAAGGGGGCAUAAACAAAAAAAAGUAAUAUCAUUAUAAAUGCUAGUGUUUUUGAUUUUAUUUCCAUACUCAGUUUAUUUAAUGCUCAAGGGGCUGGCAGCAAGAGAAUGAUUUUGAAUCCAGUGCUAUUAAAAAGAAGAAAUCUGUGUUCACUGAGCAUUUAAAGUGGAACCCCGUACACCUCAAAGGCUUAGGGACUAGGAAGAAAGCCUAAUUUUUAUUAAAUUCUGAUACUUCUUGCUCUCUAGUUGAUGACUUGCAAACCGUUGCUCAGGCUGCGGCAUUAGUAUAUGCAUUUUAAAAUAUUUGCCUUAUAUUAGCAGCACAUGUGGGAUGAUUGUUAUUUUCUAUGUUGGCAUACUUCAUUCUUCAACUUUAUACUCCACUUAAGCAAUGCUAUAUUUGCUAACAAAUUUACAUGUUGUGGUUCUGGGGGCCCUGUACAUUGCUGCUGUCCUUGCAUUUUAGUACAAUAAUGCAACAGCACAUUGGAAGGAACAGAGGAUCUACUGCUACAGAAGCAACUGGAGACAGAGAGAUAAUCAUGACCCCAAUAAUGUUCACUCUUUCUUUUCUGAACUAUGUUUCCCAGACAUGAUUUAGUGGUAGGGCUCAUAAAAAUAAUUCCAAACCCCCAGCCCUCACUUGUUUUCUCAUUUCCUAUGAAUGGACAAUUAUACUGCAUGACUGUAUGACUACUACAGCAAUUCUGAAAUAGAAAAGGAAAUCCCUUAGAAAUGCAUCUCAGCAACAUUUUAAUCCUGCUUCUCUCAAUAAAUACAUGCUGUUAAACUGUUACUGGUAGCAGAUUAUAAUGGGCAGUUCUGUGAAAUUCUUAUGCUAAAACACUCACAGCACCACCCUUCUGCAAUUGAGUAUGGAAAUAUUUCUUCAUCCAUUUUCACUGAAAACACAAAGUGUUUCUGUUUUGUUUUGUUUCAUUUUUCCCUGUAAGUAAUCCUGGUAGAGGAUCAUGCAUCUCAACCUGGGGAAGCAAGGACUACCAGAACAUAAACCAGGCAUAAAUUAAAAAAGAUUCACAGCUCAGACUGAUCCUACCAGUCAGUGCACAGUUCAGCAUUCUACCCCAGCUGAUCCAUAAAAUGGAAAAAGCAGUAAUUACAAAACAGGUGUUAAACAGUGGUCCAAUUUAACUACCACUAACAGAACUGAAUAGUAUACAGCCAAACUGAGCCAGAGCUGAUUCAGUCCUGGAUGAAACAACAACAAAGGACAACAUAAGAAGAAAGUAAAAGAUUAUUUUAGUCCACUCUUCUGGGCUUGAGGGGAGAGCUAAUAAAGGGCAAUCAUUCUUCAGCAAACUCAGAAGCUUAUUUUACAUCAAGCACUAUAUGUAGCUAUAUCAGCACUGAAGACCUAAAGCAAGAGGUACAAGAGACACAUUUACAUUUUUAUCACUUGGCAACAUUAGAGCACUGAAGGGACCUAUUUGCCAUAAAAACAAAAUAGCUGCAAACUCUCUUUUGGCUUAAAAGUAGCAAACGAAAAAGCGGAAGGGAUUGGAAACUGUCUGGAAAGUCUGUUUGACCCAGUUAGAAAUCUAUCUGAAAUUAUAUUAUUGUUAAUGCAUUUUGUGUUCAUUUGAACAGAAGGAAAUGAAAAACAUAAAAUAGGUGACUGAGUCUGAAAUGCCAUGAAUUAAAGGUUUUCUUCUGUUUAGAAUAAUGUAUUGUCAAAUGAUUACAGCCCAUUAUCAAGCAGGAAAACAAUAACUUUUUUUAUCUAGGAGGCAAAAAGUAUGUAGAGAAAGUAAUCUACAAUACCGUGGGAUUUAAUAAAAGCACUCUGUGAUGGGAAAAAUGGCAGCAGAAUAGAAUUUGUAAAAGAUAUUUUAAAAAAUGCUAACUUCACCUUGAUUCUUGCUGUAAUUAGUGGAAGGCCUUGCUUGCACCCAUAAUUCUGCUCUGAAAUGACAACCUUAGAGCACAAGAAACAAGCUGUGCGAGGUGUGAAUUAUCUUGUAAUGGCACUGCACAUUCCAGGCUGAGUAGUUUCAAGUACUACAUUGAAGGUUAAUUGUCAAUACAGUGGGUUGGGCAAGGAACUACAGCUGCAAGUACUCCAGGGUCCUGCAGUUCUCUGAAAGGACCUCCAUCUUCUUCAAGGUCCGUGAAAUGCACUAAUCCAGAUAGCAGUGAUGAGACACUACUCAGGAAAGGUAUCAUCAGGAUAUACCUCAACUGUUGACUGAACACAGCACACCUGGCACAGUGGGGAAGAUGACAGGAGGACUUGUAAGCAUCUGGGUUCUUUGUUUGUUUGUUUUGUCUGUUUUUUUUCGUUCUUCUUUCCUUUGCUCAAAGGUAGCCAUUGUAAACCUGCAAUGUUUUGUUCAGUGCAUGCUGGCCAGCUGUCAUUUUUAAUAUCCAUUGCAAAGGUAUGUGAAGAGAGCUGUGUUGUUUUGGUAUACUUUUUCUUUCUUUAUAACACAUGAACAUUGUACUAUACUUUAUUCUUUCUUGUUCAAUAAAUAGUCCUCGUAUCUCUCUGUUUCAUGUCUAAUUUGGGAGAGUAGAGCCACACCUGUAUCAAGGCUCUCUCAAUUAUCUGGGCAUUUUGUUUGUUUAGUAGAAAUAAUGCAUGAUUCCUUUUGCAGUGAUGGUUUGAGGGAUAAAAGAGUUUCUUAAUUUUAUAAUAUGUAUUACAAUCUUCUAAACACUAGUAAAAAAUGUACUGUGAUUUAUUUAUAUAGAUCUAGUCCAAACAAGUAAUUUUGUUCAUAAUAAAAAACUCUGUAAGAAAA